CAGCAUGGCACGCGAUAAUGGCAUUGGAACGGAUUAUGUCCUUCCAUAUCCAAUUGCACUCACAAUAAUAGCCUUCCUAGCUAUUGCAAUGUACAAUGUCAUUGAACUUACCCUCGUCAUCUUCACCACCUUCAAACGACGCAAUGGCCUAUACUUCUACGCUCUUCUCGUUGCUGCAUGGGGCAUCAUACCCUACUGCAUGGGAUUCUUUUUCAAAUUCUACAACAUCACCAGCUCAACCUCCCUAUACAUCACCCUUAUCGCCAUCGGCUGGCCUUGUAUGGUCACCGGCCAGUCCCUAGUCCUCUACUCCCGCCUUCAUCUCAUCGCUCGCGGCAGUUCAGCAGGCGGACGCUGGGUCCUGAUCAUGAUCACUGUCAACGCCAUAAUUUGUCACGUUCCCAUCAUCGUUCUUCUCUACGGUGCCAAUUCCUCCAACUCGACCCCAUUCCUCACCCCCUAUUCCAUCUAUGAGAAGGUCCAGAUCACUAUCUUCUUCCUCCAAGAGGUUGUGAUCUCUAGCAUCUACGUCUGGAAAACGAUGGCCUUGCUCCGCUCUGAAGGUGGCAUCCGCGGCCGCAAUUCCCGCAUCGUCAUGCAGCAUCUUGUGUGGGUCAAUAUGAUGAUCAUCGCGCUCGAUAUCACACUUCUCGCCAUCGAGUAUGCAGGAUUUUACGACAUCCAGACUACAUACAAGGCGGCGGUAUACGGUAUCAAGUUGAAGAUGGAAUUCUCUAUCCUAAACAAGCUACUCGAUCUCUUCCAAGGCCGUAUCCAAGAUUCUUCGGAUGAUCCGCGCUCUCGCUCUUAUCGCACUGCUGAGCUUGGUACUGUCACUCGCAAAGGAGGAGCUAAGUCACAAGUCACUGGAAAUGGCACAGUUAGUGUGAGCCUCAAGGAUGGCGACGUGGUGAAGACGACGCAGGUCACAGUGGUGAGAAGUGAGAGGGUAUUACCGGGAGGCGCACACAGUGACGUGGAGAGUAUGGCAGAGAGCAGUAUGAAGGUGGAGAUGAGAAGGGAAAGUGCUAGUUCUAGCGAGAUUCAGAUCGUGAACAACGGUUUCUAA